CGGCCUUCCUUCGGAGUACUCAAUUACUACAAAUCAAACAAGCUUGAAUUCGCGGGAGCGCGUCAAGCAUCUCGCGAUCUGCUUCCUCAUCCUCACCCCUCCACCAUACGAGCGCACGCCGUCGCAGAUCAAGUUCAGAACGGAAGCGCCAUGGACUACGAUAUUAACAUGGACGAUGUAGCCGACGGCUUUGCACCUCCGACAGCGACGAUUGGCGACGGCACAAACAUCGCACAACCCGCCACAGCGCCGUCUCCCUCGAACGAACGCGACCUCGAAGAUUCUACCAUAGUACGUAACAAGGUACACAUCCGAGGUCUGGACACAUUGACCACGGACGACAUCAAAAUCUACGUGAAGAGUCAUUUUGGUACUCCAGAGAGAGUUGAGUGGAUCGAUGACGAAUCCGCAAACCUGCUUUUUGGGUCGGAAAGUACGGCACAAGAGGCUCUGGCAGCAUUGAGCGCCAUUGAAAUUGCCGACGUAACUCAGUUGCCCCCUAAGGAGACGAUUCCAGCCAAGGCCGUCGCAUCCCACCCAGACGUCAAUCUUCAAAUUCGAUUUGCCGUUAUUUCCGACAAGAAGAUACGAGGUGCUGCUGAGCGAAGCCGGUUCUACCUUCUCCACCCCGAAUUUGAUCCGGAGGAGAGAAGACGACGUGAGGGAAACAGAAAUAGAUAUCGCAAUCGGGACGGAGAUGAUCGUCACCGCAAUGGCCGUGGAAGAAAUCAACGCGACCGAGACUCGAGCCCUGAGGUGUUCCAUGCGAGCAUGUAUGAUGACGAUGAGGACACACUGGCAGACCGAAGACCCGCACGUCACCCGAGAUCUCGCUCAAGAGAUUCGACGCCGCGUGACGAGCGAUCCUAUGCGUCUCGCAAUCAGGAAAAGGAGCUGUUCCCUGGGCGGUCAUCACGAGCAGGAAACCGGCAACGAAAUCGCUCCGCUUCACCUAUGCGGGAUCUGGAUGGUGACGCAGCAAUGGAUGUUGAGGCAGCACGCGCGCCGAGGGCCAGCAACCGAAACAAUAGAGAAAGGGCAUCGGGCAUCAGGGAUCGUCUAGCUGAAGACAACAAAUCCAAGGAACUGUUUCCCAUAAAGGGCUCAUCGAUGGGCAAGACGCAUAUGGACAGGGUCAUGGACGGUGCGGACGAAGCCACGCGAAUCAUGCAGCAAAAGAUGAGCGUGAGCAACGACCGCCACGGCAGGAAGGACCUAUUCGAUCGGGACAGAGUCGAUAAUGCAGGUUCAAGUGCUGGAUUCUCCAUCAAGGGCGCGGCGGGCGCGAACGUCAAGGAGCUGUUCCCGAGCCGCUUUGGAGGUGGUGGCAAUACGGGAAAAGAGCUAUUCGCUGACAAGUUAGAGGGCCGUGGCCGUCGGCGGCAGAAAGCAGAGGACCUGUUUUCUUAG